ACCUUCGCGGCCUCCGUGUCCACCAGGUCGCCCGCCGCCAUCUUGUGUCCCGGCCCGCCAUGGCGCCCAAGUGCGACGCGUUGACCCCGGACGAUCUGCGCAAGAAGCUGUACCAGACGUUCAGGGACCGGGGGGUGCUGGACGCGCUGAAGACGCAGCUCCGGAACCUGCUGGUGCACGAGCUGAUGGGCCCGGUGCUGCGCGGGGAGCUGCGGCCCCGCUCGGUCCCCGUGGAGGGCAGCGCCCUGCUCCUGGGAGCCUCCAACGCGCUCGUGGCCGACCACCUGCGCACGUGCGGCUACGAGUACUCGCUCUCGGUGUUCUUCCCAGAGAGCGGCUUGGCGAAGGAGAAGGUCUUCACCAUGCAGGAUCUGCUACAGCUCGUUAGAGUCGACCCCGCGUCCCGGCUCUACGAGUCCCUGAUCUCUGGACUUGACAAAGAAAAUAGAAAAGGUUUCCUCGUGGAGUUCCUGAGAGAACUGGCGGAGCAGCACCAGGCCGGAGAGACCCGCGCCAUGGCGACCCAGACGGACGCGCCCGCGCCGGACAAGGACUCUCUCGCCGAGAAGCUACAGCUGAUCGACGAGGCGUUUGCGGACCAGCGCGCUCAGCGCCCGAGGGCGGAGUCUUUGGAGACGAAACUGAACGAGUACAAGAGAGACGUCGAGGAGCGGCUGCGGGCGGAGCUGGGCCAGCGGCUGAACCACCUGAAGGAGACCGAGAUCGCAAAGGUCAAGAUGGAGGAGAAGCGGAGGCACGAGCAGGCGCUGGCCGAGGUCCGGGCUGGGCUGGAGACGGCCUGGCGCGCGAAAUCCGCGUCCCUCGUCGCCCGGGAGAAGGAAAUGGUCGAGAGCGUCAGGAGGCACCAGGAGAUCGAAGCCAAAGAAAUUUAUGCCCAGAGGCAGCUUCUGCUGAGAGACAUGGAGGUGCUGAGAGGGCGAGAGGCGGAGCUGAGGCAACGGGCUGAGGCCUUCGAGCUGGACCGGAGGCUCCAGGAGGAGAACAGCAGACGCGCGUGGCGACGCGCUCGGGCGCCGGGAGCAGGCGGUGCAAGCGCAGCGGAGGAGACCUUCGACCAGCGGCUCCGGAGCGAACUCCUGCGGUGUCAGCUCGAGCUGAAGGACGACCACAUCGCUCGCACCCGGCGGCUGCUGGAGGAGGAGCAGAAGAACAGAGAGAACGCCGUGCGUCUGCAGGAGGAGCUCGCGGCUGUGAGCGCGACACGGGAGGAACUCGGCCGAUCCCAGAGUCGCGUGAGGGACCUGGAGCUCGAGCUGGAGGCUCUGAGGGCCCAGGUGUUGACGCUGACGGAGCAGAACCGCGCGCUGAGCGAACGGGUCCAGGACACGCGGGAUCACUCGCGGCUGCGAGAGGAGAAACGGGAGCUGCAGGCACAGAACCGGUCGCUUCGCCAGCAGCUGGAGGACGGCAGGCAGGAACACGCGCGUCUCCUGAGCCGCAUCGCUCAUCCGGCCCCCGAGCUCCUGAUGUUCCAGGAAGAACUGAAGAAGGCGGAAGACGCGGUCGCCUCGGAGCACAGGCAGUUCGAGGCGCACAGGCAGGCGCUCCAGACCCAGCUGCGGAGCGAGGUCGAGCGCUCGGCGCGGCUGCAGGCCCAGGUGUCGGACUACGGCGUCUCCGUGAGGAGGUUGACCGCUCGCGUGGCCGAUCUGGAAUCCCAGCUGAAGGACACGCAGGCUGCCCUGGAGAUCGAAGUGAACCGCGGCCCGGCGCCGCGUGUGCCCGGCCGUCCUGCCGGGGCGCUCACCGGGGCCGAAACGCCGCCUCCGCACGGCGACUUCCGCGGCGACGUCCCCACCGGCCCCCUCUGGGAGCCGGAGGUCGCGGCCGCCGCCCCGAGCACCGCACGGCGUCCGGCGUCGGAGGGCGGCUCCCCCGACUCCGACCUGGAGUUUGUGGCCAACACCAAGGCCAGGGUGCGGGAGCUGGAGCGCGAGGCCGACCGCCUGGACAAGGCCUUCCGGAGCUACCGCCGGCGGGCGCCGAGAAAACCCGCCAGGAGCCCGGCCCCGCCCACCAGCCCGCCCAGGAGUCCAGCCACGCCCACCAGCCCGGCCCUGCCCAGAAGUCUGGCCCCACCCACGAGCCUGUUCCCACCCACGAGCCUGGCCCCGCCCUCGAGCCUGGCCCCACCCACGAGCCCGCCCACCAGCCAGGCCCCGCCCACCAGCCCGCCCUCCCUGCGCUCCGGGCGCCUCUCGUCCACGCCGCGGCCGGAAGCAGAGAGAAGCCUCGGGGAGGAGACGGAAGGUCAGAGCCGGUCACACAUGGCCGCCCCCAGCCCCUGUCUGCACAAAACACCCCGGCCGGCGCCCGCCGAAGCCAGCCACAGCCCCUCCGUCCGGCCCCCUGCCGGCCCUCCAGAGGACCCGAUCCGGGUCGACCCCAGACAGACCGAGCCUGAAGCAAACGCGGAGUUUUCGGACACGGACGGGAACGUUUCCAGGAACCAUGAGGAACCGGAGUCGGCCCGUGGCUAUCAGACACAGAUCGGAGACCAGGAGGAAGACGACGAAACGCGGGAACAGGGGCGGCGAGAAGAACGCAGGCGCGGUGACCCCAAAGACGCUGUGGAGAGGGAGCGGAGAGAACUGGAGAGACUGGACCGGCAGAGGCGGAUGAUCGAGGAGUCGUUGAACAUCAAAACGGAGAAGGAACUAGAAACGAGCGGUGCGGACGCGGAGGACAGAGCUGUGCGUGGCGACGGCCCCUUAGAGAAGUACAUGCGGCUCCUCCAGCGCGGGCGAGAGCGGCGGUCACGUGACCAGAGCCCGGAAGACACCGUCAAAGGCGGCUCCUCCCCAGUGGAGACUCUGCCGUCCGGGGAGCACGAGGAGAGCUCCACAGGCUUCUCCCGCGACGAAACCGAGGACUUGUGGUGAUGCCGUCGGCUGGUCCUCCCGCGGGUCUCUGUGCUCGCACACAAUCCUCAAUAAAAAUGUGGAGAAAGCCGGC